UUCUCUUCUUCUUUCCCGAAUUCCUCCGUCUUUUCUUCUCUCUGUUUCGGUUCUUCCAAUUUCAUCUCAACCGUUUUUUCCUCCUUCAAAUCGAAACGAAACUCUAUAAUCACAAUUCUAGACGGAAAAUUGUUGAAUUUCUCUGUAGAUUUUACCUUCCUGUACCUGUUCUUAUGAGUGUUGUUCUCAUUUCUGUUUCUUGUUCUUGGUGUCAAUGGCGGAAAUCGGACGAAGAUUCUGUAUCGGGUAUGCACUUUUACCGAAGAAACGACGGAGUUUCAUACGAGAUUCGUUAGUGAGGCUUGCUGAAUCGAGAGGUAUCGAUCUUGUACGGAUCGAUAUGGACAAGCCGCUUGUUGAUCAAGGAUCCUUUGAUUGCGUUCUUCACAAGCUGUAUAGUGCGGAUUGGAGGAAGAAACUCGAGAAUUUCAGGGUUGUUAACCCUAAUGUGGUGAUUUUGGACUCACUUGACGCGAUUGAGAGGCUUCACAACAGGAUUUCUAUGCUUCAGGUGGUAUCGGAGCUGAAGAUUGAAAAUCACAACGAGUCGUUCGGGAUUCCGGAGCAGAUUGUGAUUUACGAUAAGGAGAAUCUUUCUGAUCGGCACGCUUGGGAGACGUUGAAGUUUCCGGUUAUUGCGAAGCCAUUGGUGGCUGAUGGAAGUGCCAAAUCGCAUAAAAUGGCUCUCGUGUUUAAUCACGAUGGCUUGAACAAGCUUAAGCCUCCUAUUAUCUUGCAACAGUUUGUCAACCACGGCGGGGUUAUUUUCAAGGUUUAUGUGGCUGGAGAGCAUGUGAAAUGCGUCAAGAGAAAAUCACUUCCAGACAUUUCUGAGGAGAAAUUGGAAAGUGUCGAGGGUUUGCAGUCGUUCUCUCAGGUGUCGAACUUAACGAACCAUGAGAGAGUUGAUGAAAAAUACUACCAGAUGAUGCAAUUGGACGACACCGAGAUGCCGCCUUCGAGUUUCGUCACCGAUAUAGCCAAAGGAUUGAGACAUGCGUUGAAGCUUAACCUCUUCAAUUUUGAUAUGAUGCGGGAUUCGAGAAACCAGAACCGUUAUCUCAUAGUUGAUAUCAAUUACUUUCCUGGGUUUGCGAAGAUGCCAGGAUAUGAGAAGAUUCUAACGGAUUUCCUCUCUGAUAUAAUGCGGAGGAAAGACAGAGAGCUUGUAAAAGCUUGGUUCGAACAUGAUGCCUCCGACCCCACUGCCUUCGAUAAAAGCUAUAUUGAGAGAGAAAAAUAGUACAGUUGCUGUUUGUUACGUCAGCGGAGAAUUAUCUGACUUGUGUAUGUGAUACCAAAGUUCUAGGAGGUAUUCUUAUGAGAUGAAUUUGCAGUCAAUCUGAACUAUGAACUCUAGAUAUUAUAAGUAUAGGCCUGGUGGAUGAGACAGUAUUGGGCCUGUGCAGAUCGACAAGGGAGUAUUCAUCAAUUUCUUGAUUUGUUGGAAGUUACUGGCAUCCAAGGAGAUGACAGUAGAACACAUGGUAAAUAUGGAUCUACGGUCAACAAUGAAGGUUUUGAACAAGAAUCUUAGUUCGACUAUUUUGGAGAAUCCAGUUUGUAAAUAUUCCCUUUUUGGUUCAUUGAAGUUUGAUAUUACUAUUAUAACUAUAUAUUCCUUCAAGGACCUUGUAUGAACCUAUGCAAGGAAGUGCGCGAAUAAGCUUGUUGAUGCCACCUUUGCAGAAUAGAAUGAAUGGCAGACGGCAAACGCAAGUGGCUGGAUAAGUUUGUUGGCAUUCACAGAAUAGAACGGAUGGCACACGGCAAAAACUACAGACCUAAGGAGACAUUGGCAUGAUUGAUGGUAGUCUUUUAACCUCUUAGAUGGUCAUUCUAGGGAAGCAAAUUCUGUAAUUCAAAUGGUAACUUACAUCAAUCACUGAUAUUACCACCUUUUAAGGAAUAUUAUAUCUUUUCUCCUUGUUCUUAGUGAAUUGAUCGAAUUCUGCUUUUGCAGUGAAUUCGCUACCUAUACAUUUAGAGUCAGAGGUAGCCUACUUCAUAAUAGAAAUUUUAAGCUUUUAUACUAGAAUUGAAUUGGCAGUUAAGUACACCGUUGAUAAAGGAAUAAGAGGUUCAAACUCAGCUUGAUAGUUGGAAUAGCUCGGAUUGCUUUCACUUCAAAUGAAACUUUCUUGUAUUCUAUGAAGAAGGUGGAAUGAAAGAAAAGGUUGAUUCACUUGGUUCUAAUACUGCAGGAUCAAAUCGAAACAUUUCGAGUCUAAAUAACCAAUUCUAGUAGCUGACAAGCCAGUAAAGUAUGGAAGUUUAGAUCCUCCGCAGCCAUGCUCCUUUCCUCACUCUAUUAGGGGCUGCCUUUGUUUAUUUCGACUUAUUUACUGUGAAUAUGCUAAACUAAACUGCAUGCUGUUUCAUUGAAUCAGACUACUUCGCUGAGGAGACUACUUGAUCUUUGACGCAAGAGAAACAUCCAGGUCCCAUAUCCAGAAAUCCUGAAUUUUCAGAUUUUCAGUUCAAUCACCAUUAAAGUUGAUGUGAAGGACCAAAAAGUAAUGCCUCUGACUCAAUCCUGAAGCAGGUAGAUUUUAUUUUUAUUUUUAUUAUUAUUUUUAAGGAAUUGAAUCUCAAACUUUAAGAUCGGACUAGCAUUAUGCCAUAUAGAGUUGGCUUAGAAUAAUUGGGAGAAAAAAGUAACAUGAAGAUGUAUCGAAAUUUGAAAUCUUUCCUAUCAUUGGAGAAAAGAAUAAGUUACCAUUUUAAGAAGUUAUGUAAAGGAAAAUAUCAAUUCACUCUAAGUAGAUGUUGUCGAUUUAAAUCUUGAACUAAUAGAUGUAUUAAUUUACAUCUUCUAUUACAUUUUGUUUGGAUAAUUAUCGAAUG